AGCUGAAUUACAAGUUUUUAUACUCUACUCCUCCACAGUAGCUGAAAAUUUCCUCGUCGAGUCAUUUUGCAUUACCUGCUAGAAAAAAAUGUCCUGGUUGAAGACUUUCACGGAGAGCGUAAAGCUCGUUUCUCAGGAUGUUGCCCACAUGGCAGAAGACGUUGUCGGAAAGGCUGGCGAAAGCUUGCGUAAGAUGGCACAGACCGAUCACGUUGCCAGUGUGGAGGAGGCAGCUUGUAGUGUACGUGAUUUGGAAGGUGCCAUACUCUUGCUCCAGGGAUGGAAUCAGUUAUGGACUAUGAAGAGUAAGUGGUACUAGUACGACUACUAGGAACAGAGCUUAACUUAAACUUUAACAAGUAGAAGCUUGGAGCUUAACUUUAACAAGUAGGUUUGUAUGCUAGGAUGCUGCUACUGGUCGUGGGUAAUAUGUAUUUAUUAGUAUUCCUCUCAUCAGGAUUAGCAUUACUCACAUACAGCUAGUAGAAUGGUGUACUUAAACGUACUACGUGUAUGUGUAGAAAUAGAGUGCGUAGAUCAACAUGUGGUCGCAGUUCUAGUUCAUUUUGAGGGACGAGUUGUAGUUGUAAAGUAAAUGUAAGUAGUACCGCAAAUUACAUGCUCAUUCUCUUACUAAUGCUCAUUCUUCCACAACUUCUUGAAAAUUCUAAAGUCAGAUCUGAACAAGAAGAUAGGGCAGAUAUCAGACGAGAGACUGAUGGAGCAUGGUGUUGGUGCUACGCCAACGAAGAGGGACACGUCGUUUGUGGGAGAGGAGAAAAGUCCUUCGACCUUGGCUCUCGAAGAAGAUCGAGGUGGUCAACAGGAGCACGACGCGUCUAUUGUGCUAGAAUGUCAACAAGGAACUACUACUACUCCUACUACUACUGGUCAUCAAGGAACACAAGGAACUACCGGUCAUGAUCUAGGAGUAGUUGUUGGAGAAAGUAGUGCCACCACAGGUGGGGUAGCAGGAGCAACAGUCGUCAAUUACACGCGUAGUUCCAAAGAGCAAGGAGCUUCGACUAGGCCGAAAUUAUUCG